CCUGCAGUGCAAAAGAGGUCUGAAUAUGCAAUGGUCUUUUGCAUUCUCACUUUUCCGAUGAAUUAACACUGUGGUCGUGAAACAUUUCAGAGGCAGUGUUACACCUAUGCCUAUAAAAAAAAAAAUGCGCCUGCACUUUCACUCACAUGUACACACAGGAUGUAUGUCUGUCCCGCUGUGACCUGUUUUUCUACGAUUACUAAAUAUGGUGCUAAUGUGGUAGAUGGUCGCUUCUGAUGACCAUCUUUAGAAAAACAAGAAAACCACAAACUGUUUUCACACAAGCAGCACUUCAUCAAAACAAAAAAAACUUUUUUUUGAAGAUUUGUGGCAAGUUCACAUACUGUGAUCUUAUGUACGCAUUAUGUGUAGUCCAUGAUUUAUCUCAAACAUUAGAGGUAUAAAAUAUAUAACCUUGAAAGAGAAUGUAGGUAGUAUUUUCACUGUCAGUUUUUAUUUCAAAGUACUAAAAAUUACAAAAUGAUUUAGACUUAAACUUUAGAAUUGAUUCCAUUCAGAUUCAUAUACAUAAGAUUUUGCCAUCAUUAAAUACUGCCUACACAUAUAUGUUUUGUGGACCUUUGAUAUAAUCUAUUACGACAUAAAAAGGCUCAACUACUUUUUGUAAGUUAAAAUGGGAAUUCUGUAAUUGUCUAUGUUUCAUUGAAAAUCUGGAGAAUGACAUAGUAACUAAAAUGUGAUAUGAAACACUGACGCCUUCACAAACUAAUCUUGCUGCCUUUACAUUUGACCACGACCAGGAGCAGAGCAAUAUUGCUCCACAAAACCACAUUUUGCAUGCUUUGACUGUCUUUUACUACAGACAAUACAAUGACACAGUCCCUGAUCAUCACCCCAUAUCUUAAGUAACACUUUUGCUUCAAUUUGGGAGUGGAGUGAGAGAUACCAGAUUGAUUUCAACCAAUCACAGUCCUGGUUUGAAAGUGUCCAAUCACAUCCAAUGCAAGUCUUCUAAAAAGCAUUUUACACAUUCAUUGCUUCAAACAUGAUCAUUUGGGCCAUUUUGAUCUUUUGGGUUUCUGGAGGUCGACCUGAUAACAGUAGUGAAAUUUUCUCAUUACAAACAAUCCAGCUGGGAGAUGAUGUUACAGUCAAAUGCUUCUUGACAAAAAAAAGUUUUGGUAACACAAUGGUUUGGUAUAAACAGAGCACUGAUCAGAUUCCUCAUCUUAUGGCACUAUCAUACAAUUAUUGGAAAGAUAUCCAAUUUGAGAAUGAAUUCAAAGACGGGAGAUUCGAUAUUUCAACAAGUGAAGAUUCUUUUCACCUCAACAUCAAAGCUACAACCAAGGAGGACAUCGGAAAAUACUACUGCGGGACAGUUUUCUUAAAUAGAAUAGAAUUUAUUUCUGGAGCACAUCUGAUGCUAAAAGGAAAUGAGACCAAACACUUAAAUGUGGGAUGUGAGGAGAGAGAAGUUACUGGUAAAAAUACUGAUAACAGUAAUCCAAAAGUAUUGGAUCCUGUGUUACUUUGCUUGAUAUCCUGCAAUGUUGUGUUUGUGAUGGUAAUAAUCAUACUUUUGGCUGGUUAUUAUAAAAACUGGAGAAAAAGGCAAAAAGGAUCUAAAAAUCUAGCAUCUCCGUCAUAUGAGAUUGGAGAUUCAGAUGUGAAUUACGCGGCUGUGAAUUUAGCCUCUGUCCCUCCAGCCAGAAGAUCAAACAACAGACAUCUAACUGAAUACAGUGAAGUGAUCUACAAGCCGAGAGAUCACGUGCUUUGUGUAUCUAUGAUCCCCAGUGUUUUUCAGCCAAAUGUCUCAAUCACAGCAUCAGUGGGUGGUUCGGUCAUCCUGGAAUGCCACACAACUGCUGAUCUGGUUGUGGCCUGGUUUUGGCUAAAACAAAUCCCAGGACAAAAGUUGAACCCUAUAGUUUCUACAUAUUACCAGGAGAUAAAACUUCAAGAGGAAUUUCUCAAUGAAUCAAGACUUCAAUUCAAAGUUGACGACAAGAAAUCUGCAUUAAUAUUCACCAAGAUUAACUCCAGAGAUGCCGCCUAUUAUCAUUGUGGUGUGCUACUGUAUGAGAAGCUGUACUUUGGAGGGGGAACUUAUCUGACAGUUAAUGAUGCAAAGCCAGUUAAAAUCAUUCAGCAUCCUGUUUUGGACUCCCAUCAUGUAGGUGACUCAGUGAAUCUUCAUUGUACAAUCUUUGGUGAGAGUUGUUCAGGAGGGCAGAGUGUCUACUGGCUUAGGUACAAACCAAGAGAGUCCCAUUCAGGAAUCAUUUAUACUGAUGGAGAUAGAAAAGAUCAGUGUGAGACGAUCUCUGUGACUGGAUCAACUGUACAGAGCUGUGUGCACAAAGUCCCCAAAAGCCUCGCCAGUGAUGAAAUUUAUUUUUGCAGUGUGGUCACAUGUGGAAAGCUAAUCGUUGGAAAUGGAACUAAACUGAUAGCUGAUGUUGCUCCCCAGAAAACAAUGGCCUAUAUCAUCACACUGCUCUCUGCUGUAUUAGUGAUAUCAGUGAUAGUGAAUAUAAUCGUGGUGUUGUUAUGGAGAAGAGCUACACACAGAGGUGUUGACCAUGUUCAAUCUUCAGCCCAGACUGCAGACAUAAAUUAUGCAUCGCUGAAGUUCCCUCCACACCAGCCUACACGAAAAAUGAAAAGGCGUGAAGAGGCAACCUCUGUCGUCUAUGCAUCUGUCCAUCAAACAAGAAGCAUAAAACAAGGAUCUCCUCAUUCUUAAUGCUUGUCAUUUUUUAAGUGUGAAUAACAUUGACUUUGGAGAAAUGUGUUUUUUUUUUGUCUGCAAAAAUUUUAAAAGAAUGUCCAUCAUGUGGAGAAUUGGAGCAUUCAGCUGCAAGACAGACAAAUUUGUAUUUUGAUCUCAGUACAGUUAAAAGUUGCAAAGUGAUAAGGGACAAAUGUCUGUUACUGUCUUUUGUAGAUUUUUUUAUGUUAUUGUAAAGGGCAAUAGGAGUGUGUGGUCAUCAUGUUAUUCAAUGUCUAAAUUUUACACAUUAAAACA